AUGUCAGGUUUGCCCAAGCGUAUUUUGAAGGAGACAGAACGUCUUAUGGCAGAUUCACCACCUGGUAUAUCAGCAGCACCCAAGGAUGAUAAUUUGAGACAUUUCGAUGUGACUGUUGCUGGACCGGAGUCAUCGCCAUAUGAAGGAGGUAUAUUCAAGCUCGAGCUGUUCUUACCUGAAGAGUAUCCUAUGAACCCACCAAAAGUAAGAUUCUUAACCAAAAUCUAUCACCCAAAUAUCGACAAACUCGGUAGAAUCUGUCUCGAUAUUCUGAAAGAUAAAUGGUCUCCAGCAUUGCAAAUCCGAACUGUCCUCCUCUCCAUCCAAGCUCUUCUGGGAGCUCCCAACCCCGAUGAUCCCCUCGCCAACGACGUAGCGCAGAACUGGAAAGAGAACCAGAGUGCAGCCAUCGCCCAAGCUAAAGAAUGGACCAGGCAAUAUGCUAAUUAA